AUGCCGAAGUCUUUCAAAGCUGGAACAAAUGGUUGCAAUGGCACUCCUUCUGAUAAGAAGAAGGAUAAGGAGUCAAAGAAGAAGUUGAUUGAUGGGAACAAAGAUGUGGAUCCUCAGCUAUGGCAUGCUGUUGCUGGAGGAAUGGUGAAAAUUCCACAAGUUAACUCUAAGAUCUUCUACUUCCCUCAAGGUCAUGCCGAGCAUGCCUAUCAACCUGUCACUUUUCCUGCCGACUUCAUAAUUCCAUCACAAAUUCCGUGUAGAGUCGCAGCUAUCCGUUACAGGGCUGAUCCUGACACAGAUGAAGUGUAUGCAAAACUCAGCCUUGUUCCUCUGCAGAUUAGUGAGGCUAAUUUUGAUGAUGACGACGCAGCUGAUAACAUGUCUGAAACUAAUAAUAGAUAUCGGUCUUACACGAAAACCUUGACACAAUCUGAUGCAAACAAUGGUGGUGCAUUCUCUUGUCCUAAGUAUUGUGCCGAAUCGCUUUUUCCUCCAUUAGACUAUUCAGGUAUGCUUCCUUCUCAAGAUAUUUAUCCCAUGGAUGUGCAUGGAGAAACAUGGAGAUUCAGACAUGCUUACAGAGGCAUGCCGAAGAGGCAUCUGUUAACAACUGGGUGGAGUGAUUUUGUGACCGAUAAGCUACUUGUUUCGGGGGAUUCACUUGUGUUUGUCAGAGAUGAACACAGUGAUCUCCAUGUUGGAAUACGAAGGUCUAAAAAACGAAACGAUGGUGGAUUUAACUUUUCAUCAAAGAGGAAACUUGGUAAUGAAACUGGAAUUUUUCUUAGACCAUCAUACGAUAGACAUCUUACUUCGUCUUUCGGAGAGUUGAGAAUAAGUGAUAAGGUGAUGGGAAUUGGUAAAGUGAAGGCUGAACAUGUUAUUGAAGCCGUAAGACUUGGUGUCAAUAUGCAACCGUUUGAUGUGGUCUACUAUCCUAGAGUUGGUACUCCCGAGUUUUUUGUGAAAACCUCUUUAAUUAGAACAGCACGUCAGAUGAGGUGGUGUUGUGGAAUGAGGUUCAAGAUGGCCGUGGAAACUGAAGACUCGUCAAAGACACAUUCGUUUAUGGGAACAAUUUCUUCUGUUCAAGCUGCUGAUCCAGCAUGGCCUGACUCUCUUUGGAGACUUCUGCAGGUUACAUGGGACGAACCUGAUUUACUUACAAAUACCAAGAUGGUGAAUCCGUGGGAAAUCGAAUUAGUAUCGGACAUGCCUUCGUUCCCUUUUCCCCCUUUUUUGCCAUCAAGUAAGAAACUGAGAUCGAUGCAACACCCAAGUUUCUCCAUGGAUGGCCAAUUAUCAAUGCCAACUUUUUCGAAUGUUCCAGUUACUAGUACUGCAGGCAUGCAGGGAGCCAGGCGUGAUGAUUUUAGUUUCUCCAAAUCAUCGUUUCACCUCAAACAAAUUCCAUUAGAAGUCUUUAUGUCUCAUUUCCAACCAUCAUUUAAUCACGAUGCCUCAACAUCAACUACGGUCUCUAAUAGCCCGAUAUUACAAAAGGAGAGCAGCAGUGAGAAUGUUUCGGGCUCGAUAUUAGAGAAACUGGAUCAUGCGAAUCCGAAAGAGUUGGUGCUUUUUGGCCAAACAAUGGUUCAUGCGAAGCCAAAAGUAUUGGUGCUUCUUGGCCAAAAAAUACAAAUUGAGUCGAGAAAUGAAAAUGCCGAGGAGAAAAUAACUAAUUAUCUUUCUGAUUCUCCUCUACAAGACUCCUCUAGUGAGAGGCUGGAGUGUGAUCUAAGGAACCAAAUCAAAACAGAUACUUUGGCAGGAGAAACAAUGGAGAUCGAAGAUUCAACAUCCACUUCUGUCUCUAAUAGCCCGAUAUUACAAAAGGAGAGCAGCAGUGAGAAUGUUUCAGGCUCGAUAUUAGAGAAACUGGAUCAUGCGAAGCCGAAAGAGUUGGUGUUUUUUGGCCAAACAAUGGUUCAUGCGAAGCCAAAAGUAUUGGUGCUUUUUGGCCAAAAAAUACAAAUUGAGUCGAGAAAUGAAAAUGUCGAGGAGAAAAUAACUAAUUAUCCUCCUGAUUCUCCUCUACAAGACUCCUCUAGUGAGAGCCUGGAGUGUGAUCAAAGGAACCAAAUCAAAACAGAUACUUUGGCAGGAGAAACAAUGGAGAUCGAAGAUUCAGGUAAGGAUCAGAAAUGA